AUGAGAUCAACCGUCAAUAUUAAGAGUUAUCGUCAACCUCUAUCACCAUUAUUAUCAUCAUCAUACCUCUUUAUUUAUAAAUCAACCAUUUUCAACAACACGAUUAAAAUAGUACCAUUAUCGUCUUCAUCAUACAAUUUAAAGACAAUAAGAGAAAUAAAUAUCGAGAUUGAUUAUAAAGCAGCAGCAGCAACAGCAGUAGUAGUACCAAACAAGAUAAAGAUACUGUAUUCAAAGAUAGGAAAGAAACGUUCACCAUCAUAA